UUGGCACAUUCAAAUAAAAAAGUAUUUUUCAUCGACAAAAUGAUGCACUAGCUAAACCGUUUGAGUUGAUAAUUUUACAAAUUCUGCUAAUAAUAUCUCUGUUGAUUUGACCGGCUAUGAUGAGUUGCCGUCGUCAUUUGAUAUUCUGCGUCCUCUUAUUGCUAUUUGAUGAAGGGUCACUGAGGUACAUCCCAUUCCCAGCAGCACCCCUCAUCCCUGCUGCCUACACAUUGGAGCCACAGGGAGACCUCUCAACAAGCCAAGAUGUCCUCACUCCUUCCCCAUCACAUCUUCUGACCCAAACUCACCACAAUCCUACAGCAGCAUCCAAAGACCAGCACAACACACCAUCCCAUCAAGAUAUUAUUGAUCUAUCUGGAUUUUCAACCAUUGGCAAUACUGACCACUUUGACUCAAUAUCCACAACUUCUCCAAGUGGUGGUCUCAAAUUCAACGCCAGCCGGAAUGCCAGUCAACUUAUUAAUGAUCAAGCGUCAUCAUCAUCAGCUGACGAUAUUGGCUACACUGAACAGAUAGACAACAAAACUAAAAUGGCGACCGCUAGUGGUUGGAAUAGCAGCAGUGAUGUUACACCUUCCUCUUCUUCUGCUGUUUCUUAUUCUGAGCUAAACAACUCUCUUGAUGGAACCAACAUUAGCCAGAGCAACGCUAGUGGCCACACUGAAGAUCUCUCUGUGACUUUGGAGGACUGUCCUCAUCCGAAUGGAUCUGUGGUGGUGCUGGAAACAAGUGAUUCGUUAGCUGAUCUAAACGUUGAUCCUAUGUCAGCCCCCGACGUCAUUGACUUCUACACUCAUCGGACAGAUUCUGUCUCGGUCACCGAUGACCUUGGCAACACUAGUCUUAGUUUACAUCGUAACAACACUAACGUUACUGUCACAGUAGAUACUAGUGCAGUAGUUACUGAGACGGCAGCGCAGGCUGAACCGACCACAGACUUCAUGCUGGGCCUGGAGGAGGAGGAAGAGCGGGAAGAAGAGGAGGAAGCCAUUGGCCAUCUUAAUACUACUCAGGAUGCUUCACUCUCAGACCCCCUGAUCGACGAUAUUAAUCAGGCUUAUGACUCAACAGGUGACUAUAAUGUUAGCGCUGAGGCUAAUGGCUCUGUGAUAACAGGUGACUAUAAUGUUAGCACUGAGGCUAAUGGCUCUGUGAUAACAGGUGACUAUAAUGUUAGCACUGAGGCUAAUGGCUCUGUGAUAACAGGUCACUAUAAUGUUAGCACUGAGGCUAAUGGCUCUGUGAUAACAGGUCACUAUAAUGUUAGCGUUGAGGCUAAUGGCUCUGUGAUAACAGGUGACUAUAAUGUUAGAGCUGAGGCUAAUGGCUCUGUGAUAACAGGUGACUAUAAUGUUAGCGCUGAGGCUAAUGGCUCUGUGAUAACAGGUCAGUAUAAUGUUAGCGCUGAGGCCAACUACUCGUCCUCAGUUGCUAUUAGUGGCUUCAGCGACAAAUUGUACUUUAUAAGAGAAGAAGCAAAUGCUCACAAUGAAAGUCAGGAAGCCGUUACCCUCUCCUCUUCCGCCAUUGGCUACACUGAAUAUGAAGAUUCCAUCGAAGCGACCAAUGACUACCAGAGUACUGUUACCAGCGGAGACGAAGGAACCACAUCACCUACGGUUACUAGUACCAGCGUGGAGCGGAGUGACGAGAAUGAGAACCAGGAUGUGCUUCCUAUUGCGGCUCCUAUGAUUGGCUAUCCUUCCUUGGAGUCUGUGGAUCCUGAUGAAAGCACCACAAAGUCAACUGUUGUGCUGAACUACAUUGACUACAUUGACUCUGAACCUAGUUACUCUAACCACUAUGUGAAUGUAGCCAGCAGUGAAAAAGCUGCCCACACUUCAUCCUCCUCCUCCUCUCCUCUCGAACCUGACAGUGACCACCUCCAAUCUGCUGAUGAUGCUGAACUAGAGGUACUAGGCUCUGGGUUGGAGGAAGAGGAGGAGAAUAGGAGCGGAGAUAACAACUGUAGCAGCUGUAGCUAUGGUAACACCACCGCCAGUGCCAGUCACCAUCCCACCACCACCAUUGACAACACUGACUAUGAUUGGGGCUCGGCUGAAGUCAGUACGACAGGUAACCAGGGUAACAGCACAGCAGACAUUGAAGUCCCAACUGAAGUUAGUAGGAUUGGUCAGGGAAACAGCAGCAGCAUCUCCAUGGUACCCUCUGCUGAAAGCACGGUCAGCUCUGUCCAUGGUAACUCCACAGUUAUUGUUCUAUCUGACUACAGUGACAACAACAUCACCACUACUCUGACCCCCACCAACCGUACCACCCCCACCGCCGUGCUAGAGGAACCCACAGGAGAGAGCCGACGUGGGACUGCAUGUUCUCCCAGCAAGGCCCUACCCUCCACCACCACCACCAGUCUGGAAGCCAAAGAGGAGGAGAAGGACCAGAAAGCGUCUGAUGCUGCAAAGAAGGCGGUGUCAUUGUGGAACAGGGGCCGCAUGUUGUGGAACAGGGGCCGCAUGUUGUGGCCUCGGUUUCCAUGGAUGCGCAGGUAUUAGAACUACGGAUCUCUGGGACCAGAACAGUUCUGAGGGGAAACAGUUCUGAGGGGAUUAAUGAAAGAUAAGAGAUAUAAUAUUUUGUAUUGUUUUUUAGAUGUUGACAUGGUUGCAGUAGUUUGUGGGUGUUUAAUGUUCUUCCAUGUCCAAUAUGUUGUUGUACAUUCCUACAAUAUAUAUUUUAAAUAAAUAGUCCUCAAUAGUUA